UUUGAGUAAGAGUAAGUUUAAGUAAGUUUCCUUAGGGUGUCGCCUUCCAAAGCAAACAAACGUAACUACUUCACAAAGCCCUUUCUGAGUCAGAGCAGCAAGCUUCACCAGAACUCAGCUCACGAUGGGGGAGAAGGUUCUAGCUCUGAAAGACAGGAUCAUGAAGCAUCCCAUGCUGAAAAAAGAAAAUCUCAACCCCAAAACAUGGAUGAAGUCAGAACACGUCAAAGGCUUCACAGAUUUCAUCCUCCAGAAAGAGCCGGAGGUGGACGACAGUUUUGAUAAUGAAGAGAUGUUGCUAGAGAUCGAGAAACAGUACAUGGAGGCAGCGAAGAGAAACGACGUGGAGACCAUGAAGCUGUUAGGAAGGGGUGUUAACGUUAAUGCUAAGAACGUGCACAAUCGUACUGCGCUUCAUUAUGCAGUGGCCUUCAGAAGCGUAGAGGCAGUUGAUGUCCUCCUUAAGAGAAGAGCCAAGCUAGACCUACAGGACAAGCAUGGAGUGACGGCGAUUCACCUGGCAGCGUGGUUCGGCAGUCUGGAAAUCCUGAAGUUACUCGUACAAGGUGGGGCUGAUCAGAGGAUUGAAAAUUCGAAUGGGAUGAACAUGAUGCACUGUGCUGCCGUUAAUGAUCACACUGAAAUUGUGGAGUAUAUAGUGGAUGAUCUACAGAUGAGAGAACUUGACAAGGAAGACAAUCAUGGCAAUCGGCCUUACGCCGUGGCAGCAGAGCACGGCUGUGUGAAAUUACUGCAGAUGCUGAUGGAAGAGCCUUACAACAUGUCCACCAUGGAAGAAAACCAGAAUGGUGACACACCUUUGCACCUCGCUGCUAAGAAUGGUCAGCUAGAGGCUGUGCAGCUGCUGCUGGAUAACUUUGAGAUCCGUAAUGAAACCAAUCACGCUGGAGAGACAGCGCUGUAUUUAGCUGCCGUUGGGAAUCAUGACGAGUGUGUUCUGGCUCUGCUGGAAUCAGACUGUGACCCAAACAUCUUCACUUUAAACAGGAUCAGUCCUCUGCAUGCUGUGAGUGAAAAGGGCUUCGUAGCCGUGGUGAAGCACCUUGUGGAUAAUGGAGCGGAUAUGAAUUUACAUAACCAGCAUUUACAAACACCAUUGCACCUGGCAGUGAAGAACUCCUAUCUUCCAGUGUUACACACACUGCUGGUGUCUGGCUGUGACACGGACAUCACUGAUCAUCUGGGUCAGACAGCUCUUCACUCUGCAGCAGAGCUGGGGAAGGUGGAUGUGGUGGAGAUGGUCCUCAAAGCUGGAGUGAACAUGGAGAUCAAAGACAGGCAGGGGAAAACAGCACUGGGAGUGGCAGCCAGAGCUGACAUAGUGAUUAUUGUAGACAUGAUCAUCAAAGCUGAAAGAUAUUUCAGCUGGUUAAGAUCCAAUCCAGGAGCUAACGAGACCCUUCAUGAUGAAUUUCCGCUGACAUUCAAACUGGACCACCGUAGUGAGACUAAGCAGGUCCGGGGCGUCAUGUGGAAGCUGGCGUAUAGCCUGCUGAAGAAGAACGAGUGGAAGAAGCUCGCCGAGCACUGGGGCUUCACUGAGCAGCAGGUUGCUGCCAUCGAGGAGCAGUGGACAGGUCCUAACAGUUACCAGGAGCAUGGAAACCGGAUGUUACUGAUCUGGCUCCACGGAGUGACCAUGACACAGCAGAGCCCAGGCAGAGAGCUCUACCAGGCACUGAUAGCUGUGGGGAAUACCAAACUGGCAGAAAAAAUAAGAAUGGAGGGAGAAGAAUUAACGGAAAAUAACAAGAAAUGUGCGAUUUCAUGAAAACAUAAAACAGCUUUAUUUCACUUGGAGGAGCCACAAAAAGAGACUGCUUUGGAAAAAGUUCAUCUACUCAUACUCACACUUUUACACCAGACUUUUACAUCGAAGACUUGUGUGUUUCAACCCACACACACACACACACACACACACAAACACACAAACACAUUUGUUAAACAAAAGAUUAUUACUGGAACGUUCGGACAUACUGACCCCGUUUACACCUGGUCACUUAAUUCACUUAAUCCAUUUCGGUAUCAGGACUAUAUCUGGAUAAGACCAAGCCACAUAAUAAUGCAUGACUAAACAAACCCAGGACAUAUUCAACACAAUACAAAUUGGACCACUCGAACAAACCACAUCAGGAGGAUCUGAGGCACAUUUGAGCUAGGGCUUGAUGAUAUGGGUUAAAUUUUACAAUAUCACACUAUAUUUCUUAAUUUUGGUUAAUACGAUUCCGAUAUCAAUACAAAAAAUAGAAAGGUUACAACAAAUCUGUACCUACAGAAUAAAAAAAUAAUCAUUUCGCAGUUUAUAUAAUUGUACCAUGUAAUAAAUGUCAGCAUGAAGGAUACUGUAAAUAACAUAUAUUAAAAUAUAUUACAAAAUCUGUUUAAAAUCAUAUUAUGUAAUUACGUAAUUGAAACAUCAAUCAAUUAAAUUAUUGUCCAGCCAUAAGGUAAGGCACAUGUUCUUCCCAGUACAACCAAAGCACCGAUAAUAAUUUGCAUAUUUGGUCCUAUACAGCAAUCAAAUUUCACUCGGACUGACCAAAUCACUGCAUUUGACUACCAAGUGUAAAUUCAUGUGGCUUAUAAAAAAACUAAAUAAAAAAUAAAUAAAUAAAUAAAAUCAGGAUACAAUCCAGAUACUUCUCAAAUGAAGUGACCAGGUGUAAACGAGGUUACAAUGUAGUUGUUAACCUUCAUACUUUCGACAACACAGACACAGAAGAUAAUGAUUGCAUCGUACAUUCAAAGGAAGUGGACAAUCACGUACAAUCACAGACAAACCUGUAAUGAAAUGACAGCACAAACAUUUAAAUUA